ACAGGAAGACUUAUAAUUGCGAGAGGAAUGAUCAUUUCAGUUUUGGAUUUAGAAUUUCAAACUCAACUACGAAUUUAGAAAAGAAUACGAGAGAAGGGAGGAAGAGAAGAUUUAAAAUAUUUGUUUUGUAGUGAGUAAGAAAUAUCACAGAAGGCUUCUCUUUGAAAUAAUUGAGUAAUUGACUGUCCCCGUUUUCUGCCUAUCUCUGACCCUCGACGUGAUGGCCACCGUGAGAUCUACAGUGCCGCCGUCUUCAUCAAAAACCCGAUGGAACAAACUCUCAGUCCACGCAUCUCGCAUCUACUUUGUUCUCAUCAUCCUUCAGAUACCUCUCUUCAGGGUUCCAUGUAGAUCUGGUAUGUGUACAACACCAAUGCAUGUCACAUCUUCCCAGUUGAUUGCCAGUGAUAUAUUUCCUGUUCCAGUUGUGAAGGUCCUUCUGUACCCUGGGGCAUUUGCCAAUAGCUUGAUCAGGAAUAUGACAGUUCCUAGUUGGGACAAUUUGCUAAACAUGUACAACCUGACUCGUAUAAAGGAUGCUUCUGCAGUAUCGGACCUACAGCGCUUGGAGGUUCUUGCUGGAAGCUAUUUCUCUGUAGCUGGAGCUCUCAUUGGCAUCAUAAAAUCUGGAAGGAUGAGCAUGUUUGGAACACUACUAGUUAUUUGGGGCCUUGUAAAGGAAGGUAUACUUAACAAACAAGCAAACCCUGAUCCUGCAAGGGCAGUCUUUGUCUAUCCAACAAUGUUGAUAGCGUUGGUCUGUUCGUUCCUGUCUGUGAAGUAUGACAUAAAGAGGGUUAUGAGAGGGGCACCAGUAAGAGCCGUGGCAAAGCCUCUGCAGAGAUCCUCAAAAAACAAACUGAACUGAGUCCUUCCUGGUACUGAUGCUUUUUCUAUCAGAUGCUUCUUCUCCCAUAAAUGUUUUGUCAUAUUAUGGGAACCUAAUUAAGUAUGAGGUAUGUUGGAAUCCCUUGGAAAAUUUGACUGCAUGAAAGGGGAAAUUUAUGUGAAGAAAUACUGAGAAGUAUGAAAAGCUGCUGUGAGUUGAGAUUUUAACUGAGAUCUGUCAUUUUCCCUUUCUGUUUGCUACUUGGGCAAGUAAAACAAUUUUAAAAAUGUAUUAGUAUUUGUUUUUUGUCUUGUUUGAGGAAGUGAGAAGCUGUAUGGAGCUUUUUUCCAUAAACACCAGAUCAGAAAAUACACAAAGUCGUCUUCUCGAACGCUAGUUAUAUAUUGU